AUGACCUGUUGUUCAAGUUGUGUUACACUGGAAUCAGAUACAAACCCACAACUUUCCCGAAAUUCAUUUGAACAGGCAAGCACUCCCUCAGUAAAUCACAACUGCUUUGCAAAAGGUGAUUCUGAAGGUUCUGCCACUAUUUGGGGGGCUCAAGCAGAGGAAUUUCGAAGUGUAAGCAAUGACUUUUCUGAUGAUGACCUGGAGUAUUUUGAAUGUUCAGAUGUGCUGACAGCAGAUGAAAAUGAAAUGUGGAAAAAGAAACUGCAAUUUUUAUUAGAAAGUGAUGAUGAAGAUGAUUUAAAGCUCAGUAGGGAUUGUGAUGGGUGUGCUUACUUCCUCAGUGACAUGCCUUGUCUGCUCCAAGUGUCAGAUAACACUACGCCUAUGGAUACCACCAUUGGCUUCUGUGGUCAUCACUCAAAAUUCGAAGGAGUAAAUGUAAGGAGAGACCCCUCUAUGUACAGCCAGUCAACUUUGCAGGCAGAGAUGACUCUCACUGUUGGACACCACCGAGAUAAAAGUAACAGUGUGAAAGACAAAGAAAAGCAUGAAGCGCCUGUUGCGUCUGCAGCCAUCGAAAAUGACCAUCCAGGAACUGAGGAGGAAGAGAAUGGAAGUGGCCACACAGCUACAGGUUUCUCCACUGACAAAUCAAAGAACAAGGAUAACACACGUGCCAAGGUGGACUCCUCUACUCCUGGCAUAGGUGCUUCUUCGGCAAAUCAGGCUUCAGAGACGGUGACGGAAAACACUACGGACAAGCACUCACUGGGGGAAAGCUCGCUAGCUUUCUCUAGUUUUGCAGUACAUAAAAUUUCAACCACACUUUGGCAGCACAUCGUGUUCUUAUGCAAGCUUGGUGAGGUCAAUCGUUCAGUUAAUUCUACCGAGUGUGGUAAAGAUGAAGAAGUCAUGACAUCAGAGUGUGAGGUCAAUGGCUUAGUUAAUUUGUCACAAGCUGGUUCAGGGAACAACCAGAAUUUCCAAGAGCAACAUCUCUGUAGCAGAGCUCAGCCCUUCUCCUUAGCAGUGGCCACGUAUGAUCUGAUGCCAGUCAACACAGGGAGGCUGAAGAAUCAGGAAGGGUCCAAAUCCCACCAGACAUCACCAACUGUUGCUGAGCCUGAGCCCAUGAAGUGUAAACAAGAUGCAGCACCAAGUGGGCAUUUGACUGCUGGAGCUAAGAAGAAAUUACCAUCAGCAACAGUGUCCAAAAAGCCACGACUGGAGGAGAGAGGGAAGGUCAGCAAGGAUCCCAGCUGUGUUAGGAAGUCUGUGAAGAGCGAGGCAGGCCUGACUCACAGAGAAGAUAGAAGAGAGCAAAGGAAAACAAUUUUGAAGAAGGACAGCAAAGCUCCCAAGCUGCUGAAGAAAAUCCAGGCAGAGUGGUUUCCUGACUGCCCUGGAAAUAUUAAGCUGUGCUGUCAGUUUGGUAAUAUUCAUGCUGACUCCACCAUUACGUGGACUAAAGAUUCCAAGUUACUGUCUCGGCUGCAGAGAAGUGCCCAGGAUGACUCCCCUGUCUCGUUGGCAAUAGCUAAAUCCAGCAACAAAGACCAGGGAAUAUACUAUUGCUGCUUGAGUAACACGUAUGGGAAGGUGACUGCUGAGUUUAACCUGACUUCUGAAGUACUGGAACAUCUCUCGAGUUUUCAGACCUGUGAAGGUGUGGAAGAAAUCGAAUUCAUGCAGCUCAUGUUCAGAGAAGAUUUCAUCAGCGACAGCUACUUUGGUGGGAACCUGCACGGAGUCAUAGCCACAGAAGAGCUGCACUUCGGCGAGGGCAUGCACAGGAAAGCCUUCCGCAGCAAAGUGAUGCAGGGGCUGGUGCCAGUGUUCAGCCCUGGCCACGCCUGUGUCCUCAAAGUGCACAACGCCGUCACCUACGGGACCAAGAGUAAGGAUGAUCUAGUUCAAAAGAACUACAAGCUAGCUCUGCAGGAGUGCUACGUCCAAAACACUGCGAGAGAGUACGCGAAGAUAUAUGCAGCUGAAGCUGAACCCUUGGAAGGCUUUGGGGAAGUACCAGAGAUCAUUCCUAUUUUUCUUGUCCAUCGCCCUGCUAAUAACAUCCCCUAUGCAACAGUGGAGGAGGAGCUGGUUGGGGAGUUUGUGAAAUACUCUGUCAGGGAUGGCAAGGAAGUAAAUUUCCUGAGAAGAGACUCGGAGGCUGGCCAGAAGUGUUGCACCUUCCAGCACUGGGUGUAUGACAAGACCAAUGGGAGCUUGCUUGUCACUGACCUGCAAGGUGUAGGAAUGAAGUUAACUGACGUUGGCAUAGCAACACUGGCCAAAGGAUACAAAGGUUUUAAAGGCAACUGCUCGAUUUCCUUCAUCGAGCAGUUCAGAGCCCUCCACCAGUGCAAUAAGUACUGCGAGAUGCUGGGGCUGAAACCUCUCCGGACAGCUCACCAAAAACAGAGGAAAGCAACAGCCAUGAAGAGCAAAAAUCUACCAAACUCAUCGACUGUGAAGAAAGUAGUGCCCAAGAAAGCCAGAGAACCUAGAGGCUUCAUUUCUUCGGAGCACUGA